AGCUAGCGGACGGCUGAGCACACACCGACCCAAGGCCUGCCGAAAGAGACCAGCCUCUUACCCACCUCGAGCCUCCACGAACUGAACAAACUCUAAAUCCCCCUGUGCUGAUUCAGCCUUGUCGCGCAAGCAGUGCUGUGUCGGGCAGGACAGCCAUGGAUCCCACUUUGCUUCAAUCUUCUCCGUUCGAUUUUGCAGAAUCCAAAUACCUCGGGCAGCAGCGUACCUUCUCAAAUUCGUCCUAUUCUACCAAUGACUUUACGUUUCCAAGCCGAAGGCCUCAGAGCAGCCUGACGAGUGGUACGGCAGGGGUGGCGCUGCCAGCAAAUCCCAGUCUCGACUUCAAUGGGAGCUCGCUUCUGAACGAAACACCGUAUCACCAGAGCUCACAAUUGCUGCUGAGCCCACCUGAUUCCACCACUGGGUCAGCAAGCGCGGGGGGCAAUCCUACAGCCUCUGCCAACACCUUCACGACUCUCCCCAAGCCGUUUCCUAGCAAUGCAUGCGCACCAGACCAUUUCUCGACCGCACCUCCUUCAGUUCUCUCGUCUAACUGGCCUGGAUCUUCAAUGACGCUCAUGGAACGUCAACAGCGAGUUCCUCCUUUGUCACCUCCCCAUUCGUACAAUUCGGCAAACGGCAUCGGGUCAACCUUCAGGAGCAUGGGAGAGAGAAUACCACAGUAUUCGAGCACUCUCCACACCCAAAUAAGUCAAGGCCCGUUUCCAGGAGGAAUAAGGUAUCAAUCAAAUCCCUAUCCUGCUCGCAGCAGUCCGGCGUUUCCUUUCCCCGUCCAAGAGGGUUCAUACCCAGGCCACAAUAUGUCAACGCACUGCCCGGAAAAUCAGAACACUACGCGGCAAGAUGGACCUCCCUUUCACGAAACCACGGUACUACAUCCGGUCUUGACGCUCCGCAAUCAACGUUUAUUGCCAGAAAUUAUGGCUUCCAUACAGAAAGGGUUCUUCCAGGUGGACAGAAAAUGGACUUGCUACCGCCGAAACUACUUUGCCGUACAGUGUUCUUUCGGAUUUCGCAAUGGCAUCGUGGAUGGGCCAUUCUAUCUCAACAGGAAUGGCUCUGAAGAGUUGAUCCAUCAGUUUGCUGUGUCAAUUACUGCAAAGACCGCCAUGACCAGCAAUGGUGAAAGUGAAGCUCGCGGUCUGGUUCAGCAUACCCCUAAACGGGACAAGGCAACAGAAUCAGUCCCUGGCCGCCAUCCGAUUGCGCCGUCCCCCAACCAUGCUGUUGGUCCCAACGGCACAUACCCGAGUGCCGGGCAUGUUUAUGGGGGGCCAAACCAUCUCCAUCCAGGUAUCAUGGGCCCCUUUUCAGGUUUCGAAAACCCCGGCACCAACUCGAUUCCGACUUCACAUACAUUUGAGAGAAUCCAGUUCCAGAAAGCCACCGCCAACAACGGCAAACGGCGUGCGCAGCAGCAAUAUUUUUUGGUGGUGGUUGAGCUUUCUGCAAAUAUUGGAAGGCAGAGUGACGAAAACUGGGUCGUGAUAGCGACCAAGGAAUCUGACCCUAUGGUGGUGCGUGGCCGAUCGCCCGGCCAUUACAAGGACAAUGGACGGCGAGAUAGCCAGGCUAGCAUGGAUCCCGACCGCGGAACAGGGCAUGGAAGCGAUGGGCAUGCCGGUCCACUUUCAUCAGGCAGCUACGGGCACACUCAUACUUCAAUGGAUUGGAUGGGAAGUCAUCGACAGGGAGGCCAUUUCGGAGGCUCCAGCUACCGCCAUGCCCCUGCUUCUCGCUAUUCUCCGGCAAGCCUAGUCUCCUCGAGCACCCUGGCUGGGACUCCAACAGAGGUUGAAGUCAGCCUCUGUGAUUCCCGCACGGCAAAGUCCUCUUGCACCGUGUCGUCGGACCGAUCUGCCCUAACACCACUGUCAGAAGGCAGUGACGAUAUUAUGUUCAGCAGCCUUGACCGCGAGGGCACAGGUCGCAAGAGGCCAUUCGAGGAUGACGGAGAGGGGGAGCAUAUGCGCUUCCCAUUACCGGGGCCAUUCACGGACAGCAUGACAUCGCUCGUCGACUUCUCGGCCACACCGUACUCGAAGCUUUUAUGCGCUUCAUCAUGACCCACUUCUGGCGAGUGGAUAAGUGCGCCGCAGCUGGAUCUAGCAUACAUUGAAGGUCCCACUAAGCAGUCUUUCGUUGAGACAUUGGCCUUUGUCCAAUUCGAGUCAUUUCUUAUUUCAAUGUUUUCUGGAGUCAUGUUUUACGACGGUGAAAGGAC